CUCGAACCACUCCAAUCCCACAUCUCCGUGACACACCCGCACACAAUGAUAACCCUCUACGACUCCCCCUGCACCCUCCCCAUCAAAGCCAGCUCUCCCAACACCUGGAAAGCCCGUUUCGUCCUAAACUACAAACGCCUCCCCUACAAAACCGAGUGGGUGGCGUACCACGACAUCGCCUCCGUCUACACCAAGCACGGGUUGUCGGCCGUUUGCAAGCGCCUCGACGGAGAGGAAUUUUACUAUUCCCUCCCUGUCAUUUACGAUAGCACUACGGGAAAGGCGAUCGCUGACUCGCUCCAGAUUGCGAAAUACCUGGACGAGCAGUACCCUGAUACCCCUCGGGUCUUUGGUGCUUCCAAGGCCAAUGUCGAUGAAGGUGAAGGUGUCCGAGAUGAAGGUGUUGACGUCGACGUCGGCGUCGACGAAGCCAUACUGAAUAAAGCAGAAGAGUUUACAAACCUCACAAUGUCACUCUUCCUCCCCGUCUUCCCUCUCCUCUUCAAACAAGCAUACAAACAUAUCGAACCAGCGAGCCGACCCUUCUUCUCCUCCGCACGCCUCAAAGACCUCGCACCCUUCUACUCCGGGCCAGGACUUUCCUCCCUCGACGAACUCAAAAUUUCCGAAGAGCAGGCUAUCGGAGCUUGGAAACAGCUGGAGGUCAACCUUUUCAAGGGACUCGACGCGCGAGUACAAUCACCUGGAAAUGGAAAGGGAGAGGGAGAGGAAAGGCUUGUAGGCUGGUGCAGGGGUGGUGAUAAACCUACAUUCGAGGAUUUUGUCCUCGGCGGGAUGCUGAUUUUUGUUAGGAUCGCGUAUGGGGAGGAGAGUGCAGAGUGGAAGGGUGUUUCCAAGUGGAACGAAGGGAAGUGGGGUGCCUUUUUGGACAAGUUGGCGCCUUACCAAACUGUCCAGUAA